AUGUCAUACUCCAUUCUCCUCGCUGCCCUUAUCGUCUCAGUCAGUGCCGACUAUAUCACUAUAAGUGGCACAUUCCACUGUGAUAGAAACCCGAAUGCUGCAGUUUACAUCGAAUUGAUAGAGAAAGAGAAGCUUAGUGAAGAUGUUCUCAAUUGGAAGCUUGUGAGCGCCAAUGAAAAGUUCGAAAUCGUUGGAUACGAUGAUGAAUUUUUUGGCAUUCAUCCCUGUUUGAAGAUUCGAAACAACUGCAAUGAAGAGCAAGUAGAACAAGUUUAUGACUUCGGACGUCGAAACGGCGAAGUGGUUGUGCACAUGGGCGACAUCGAGCUCCAGCACGAAUAUCAAUGA